AGUUUAUUAUAUAGAAUAUAAGACACAUGACUUUAUCAGAUAAAAUUCUCACAAUGUAGAUAUGACUGUUGUAUAGAUUAGAGUGCGCUAUAUAAUAUGAUGUAACUCACUCGGACCACUGGUGCCAGUGACUCGGACGGACGUAUUUUAGUAAACUUUGCGGACGGACGGUAAAGAACAGUAUGGCUGAUACGGAAUAUUUGAUAAAUAGAAACAAUUCAGUCUCGAGGGAAUCUGAAGGGUCCUUUGAUAGAAUAUGGAGGCCUAUAAUAGCGGAAAUGGUUGGUGUGACACUGUUUGUGUUUGUUGGAUGUUGUGCGUUGGUCAGUGGGAAUAUUACCAGCGCGGCCUUGGGACAUGGACUCACUAUUGCCCUACUUAUCAUGGGUUUGGGUGAAAUAAGUGGUGGACAUUUCAAUCCUGCCGUUACGUUAGGAGUUACAUUGGCUGGUGGGCUACCAAUAUUCCUUGCUCCUGGUUACAUUAUUGCACAAAUAGUGGGUGGGGUACUUGGAGCUUCUCUGGUCAGGGGUACUUUACCAAAAGGCGUGUAUUCUAUGAUAGGGGGAGGGGUUCAUCACCUUGGGAAGCUGGAUGUCUCUGCUCCAGAAGCGUUACCGAAAUUUGAAAGUGUAGAGCCAGGCUGGGGGUUGCUAAUAGAAAUGGUGUUGACUACAGUUCUUGUAUUUACAGUGCUGAUGUCAGCUGUAAAUCCGAAAACCAAGACUUCGUUGGCGCCUCUGGCUAUAGGGUUCGCCGUGGCUGUGGACAUCAUGGCCGGGGGUGUAUUGACCGGAGCUUCAAUGAACCCAGCUAGAGCCAUAGGACCGGCAAUAGUGGCAAGUGCGGUUUUAGACAAUGCUUGGGAAUACCAUUAUAUAUACUGGGUUGGUCCGAUUCUCGGUGCCAUUUUGGCAGCUUUAUUAUACAAACUUUUAUUCACUACUGUGAAUCAACGUUGGAUAGCUCGGGCAGAAUCUAUGUGACAACAAAAAGAUGUAAAGAUAUUUCAUAUAUCUGGCCAGAUUGAUAAUUAAAUAUUCAUAUGACGAGGACUUACUCUUCGGAAAUGCAUGUUUUUCGCAUAAUUCAUGGCACAUUUGCGUAGCUACGCUGAGACGCUCGGAGGCAGUUGUCUCAGGGUUUGGAUUUUAUGUGAAAUGUGUAUGUAGAGCAGGCCCUAUGACCUCUCUUAAAGGGUCAGAACAAUUGGUACAUGUCUUAGGGGUAAGCCUCGGUGACUGUCUUGGUUCUAGCUAUGUCUCUGUGUCAUUAAGUACAAGAUUAGUAAACUUACCAGUCAGCAUAAAAUUAAGUAACCUCAACAGUCGAUAUCUGUAAUGUACUAUGAUAAACGUCAUAAAACUUGCUUGUUGAAUAAAACUGAGACAUCGUGUGAUUUUAUUGAGAGAAAAAAAAAGAAAUAGAACAUCACAGGCAGCGACCUCGACUGCACGCGCCUCUUUGCCACGUGUCUACGCUUAAUUUCACGUCAAACAUUGUUCCUGUUCUUUAACCUUGACACUGAGUGUGACAUGUUAAGUGAUUAUCGCUGCUUCUUUUUAUAUAUUGAUAACAAAAGUUUCAAUAAAGUGGUUUGCUUUAGAAAAUGUUUUUGUCCGACUUUCGAUAGCUUAUGAACAUGCUGGGUUUCAGAGCAACUUCACCUUACCUUCUGUACAACUACGUGCUGUAGACAACUUCCCCACUUGACACGAGUAACUAGUACAUGUGUUUUCGCGGGAUCAAAGUUGUUUUAGAAAAGUUAUCUCUCGGUCAAAUACAUAUUUAUUUCUAUUCAAGUAAUGCGUUAAAGUUUAAAGAGUAAACUAUGGGAAUACGGAAUUCACUUCUUUAAGGAGCAAGUAAAUGGACAAUACCUUUAUUUGAACAAAUCCUUUUAAUUAAUAAUUCAACCUAGCUUAUUCAACAUAAUACUCAACAUAUUCUCCUCACUGAAUCUUACGAUGGCAAAAAAAGGCGAAGUGACCGAGUUGGCCAUGUCAAUUUAAAAAGAAAAAAUAACGAAAUUACCAGUGGUGUAAUUUUUUUAUUGGUGAAAUUAAAAAAAAAUCAAAUCACAUGUCUUUUCUAGAUUAAGUACUCAAGUACGGAAGAGCAUAAGUGCCAGGUGUGUGUUAGUUAUUAAAUCGAAACUUUGAUAUACUAUCUCGAAAACCAGCCACCAUAUAUAGAUGUGUAUGUAUAGGUCAAGGCCACGAUCAGGUACAUUGGGUAGCCCUAGCGGAUCAUAGUUGACCAGUGUUUCCUUUUAAUAAUACCAUUAUUUAGAGUAUUAUUAAGUCUGAAACGUUGUCAACCCAGUUCGAACGCUACGGUAAGGAGUCAUAGGACCUUGCUACCGUUCGAGACCUUCAGUAGAAUUAAAAACUUAAAAAAAGUAAAUUUAGGCAACUUUUGAAAUAAACCUUUUACACAAUAUUUCCCCUGAUUAGAGCAAUUAUUUGCAGUAAAAAACAGUCAAUGCUUUCGAUGUGAUAUGUAAUGUAGAAAACAAAAUCUAUUCUGUGCAUUUACCUCUUGUACAUGUAUUAAUUCGUUAAGUAAAUAAAACAUUUAUUCUGUACAUUUACCUGAUGGUAUAUAUCUAUUAAUUCCUUAUGUAGAUAGAACUAUUUGUUACGUGCAUUUAUCACUUGGUGAUGUACAUUCAUUAGUUUGUUACGUUAAAAACACGAAGACAAUUUAUUCAGUUCAUUUACUAGUUUGUGACGUAAUUUUUAUCAAUACAAAAAAAUUGUUCUGUACAUUUACUCCAAUUGUAUAGGAACAACAGCGGUUUGUGCAUUAAGAUGUAAUUACCUAAUCUGCUGUAAAUAAAGUUGACACACUGACCGCCAGCUGUGUUCUUCUCACCCUAAAUGCACGGAAAUAUUGUCAUAUUUUGAAACAUCUUAUGAUGGUGAUGCUGUUAAAUGAAAUUUUGAGUCAGUUUUUUACAGUAAGACGCUAAGCUUUCCUGAUGGGACAGGUGGAGGACUCAAUGAUAAGCAGUUUUCAAAGUCCACUGGGUUUGAAUUGCUUUGAAUAUCUGUCUUCCCCUCUGUGUCUUCGGGCCUCUUAUUCCUCCUUUGUGUCUUCGGGCCUCUUAUCCCCCCUCUGUGUCUUCGGGCCUCUUAUUCCUCCUCUGUGUCUUCGGGCGUCGUGUCUUUGGGCCUCUUAUUCCUCCUCUGUGUCUUCGGACGUCGUGUCUUCGGGCCGCUUAUUCCUCCUCUGUGUCUUCGGGCGUCGUGUCUUCGGGCCUCUUAUUCCUCCUCUGUGUCUUCGGGCCACUUAUUCCUCCUCUGUGUCUUCGGGCCUGUUAUUCCUCCUUUUUGUCUUCGGGCCUUUUAUUCCUCCUCUGUGUCUUCGGGCCUCUUUUUCUUCCGCCUGCUGCAAAUGCAUUAAAAGCUUUAGAUCUUACUUUCAUUAGCAUUUCUGUGGUUUUGUAUAUCAUUCCUUGUGUCACCAUUAUGUAUGUUAGGGGUUUUCCUGGUUAACUUAAUUAAAUACUAUCCGCAUUGUGGGAACCGGUUUUAACUUCGCAGUGGUGUUUUGCCAAUGGCCGUUCCAGGAAGAUGACCAACGUUUUCCUCAUUUGUUUGUCUUAUUGUUUCUUUGUCAAUGUUUUAUAUUAUAUAUUUCAUGUGUAUACAUAUAUACAUGUAUACACAUCUAUAUGGUUUCGUUUUAGUAGAGGGAUGUGUUGUUAAAACGUGACUGUUUCCACAGGAUGUCUUCUAAUGCUUUAAUGAUUUUUAUAGCAAAAACACUGAAUUAAUUAAUUAAACCAAACAAUUUUAAACUGUAUAAUAUUUGGAAAACAACUUAUGUAGUUGCAUUCCUUAAAUGGAUUUAUUAUAUACAUUCUAAGCCAUGAACUAGGUAUGAGAAACAUUUCCACGGCACAAAGUUACGUUUCAAAAGUGUAGCAUAGUGCAUUUAUAUUCAUUGUUUUUCUGAACUAUUCUCAUGCAUAUCAUUGAGUAGCGACUUCGGUACCAUUUGGAGGAAAUAGCGAAAUGG